GGGAGGCCCUCUCCUCUCCCCUGUUCCAGACCCCCUAGCACCAAGGCCGGGGGCGCCUCUGAGGAGCUUGGUCCGCAGGGUGCUCUGGGGGCUGCAGCUGGACCCGAGAGCCAUGGCGGAGGAUGUGUGGGUGGGCACCUGGAGGCCGCACCGCCCCAGGGGGCCCAUCAUGGCCCUCUACAGCAGCCCGGGGCCCAAGUACCUGAUCCCGCCCUCCACGGGUUUUGUGAAGCACACGCCCACCAAGUGGCGGGCGCCAGCCUACAGCUUCCGGGGGGCCCCCAUGCUGCUGGCAGAGAACUGCUCCCCGGGGCCCCGCUACAGCGUGAACCCCAAGAUCCUGAGGACUGGCAAUGACCUCGGCCCCGCCUACUCCAUCCUGGGGCGCUACCACACCAAGACCCUGCUGACCCCUGGCCCCGGGGACUACUUUCCGGAGAGAUCGGCCAAGCACGUGCUCGACGCAGCGCCCAGCCACUCCAUUUCCGCCCGGACCAAGACCUUCCGUGUGGACAGCACCCCAGGCCCCGCCGCCUACAUGCUGCCCGUGGUGAUGGGGCCCCGCGCGGUGGGGAAGGCCUCCCAGCCCUCCUUCUCCAUCAAGGGCCGCAGCAAGCUGGGCAGCUUCAGCGAUGACCUGCACAAGACGCCGGGCCCCGCGGCCUACCGCCAGACCGACGUGCAGGUGACCAAGCACAAGGCGCCACAGUACACCAUGGCCGCCCGGGUGGAGCCCCGAGACAAGACCCUCAAGCCAGGGCCGGGCGCCCACAGCCCCGAGAAGGUAACUGUCACCAAGCCCUGGGCCCCCGUCGUCACCUUCGGCAUCAAGCACUCCGACUACAUGGCACCCCUGGUUGUGGAUGUGGAGUAGGUCCCGCUGGUCCUCCGCACGUCCCCGGGGCCUUCCCGGCCAGCAGGAGGCCCCGCUGGCCUGGCUGCAGGGCAGGGCACCUGCUGGGACACCGGGAGCAAUUAUUUUUUUCUACAAGGUUUUCCCACUUGCUAAGCUUCUUCCCUUCUGUGCCGACAGUCAAUAAACCAUGGACUCCAUUGGUCUGGG